AUGACAGAAAAGACAGAAAUAUUAUUUUGGAAAGUUUUUAAAAAUGAUUUUAUAUUUAAAGAGAUAUUUAAUCAAAUUCACAACAAUCAAUGGAUUGAAUAUGAUAACCCAAAUAAAUAUAGUGUUUACAAUAGAUAUGAAGAUUAUUUAGAAAUUAUUGAAUUAUUAAUUAAACAUAGAAGAGAUGAAUUUGAAAUUACUGAUUUAAUAAAUAUAGCAACAAAUAAAAAUUCACCAGAUGUUAUUAGAUUAUUAGUUAAUGAACCAUAUUCAGUUAUAAUUUAUCCAACAGCAUUUUAUUUUAUCAUUAAAUCCAAAAAAAAAGAAAUCAAUUUUAAAAUAAAUUGUUUUUUUUUUUUUUAUUAA